GGGCUGCGCGGGAGGGGCGGCCGCCGCGGGGCUGGUGGGAGCGAGGGUCUUCCACGGAGCGGGUUCGGGGCAAAGCUGCCUGCCUGCAGCAGAGAUUAAAGGCACUGGCUGGACACUGGGGAAAGCAAUGCUUUUGGCUGCUUUGUGUGCACUUGUUAUUCUUGAAGCUCACAGUGAUGUGACAACAAUAGACAAGAGAGUGUGUGACUCCGUUAUUUUUGAUCUUCACUAUCCCCAGUUGGACCAGCUUUCUCGGAUCACCUGGUACAAGGGAAAUACAUCCUUAAAGCACUGGACACGUGGCAACGCAGUGUCCAGCCAAAGGAUUCAUGUCUAUCCUAAUGGGGCAUUAGGGAUUCGCAGUGUAGUGAAAGAGGAUGUGGGGUGGUACACGGCGAUUGUGCGCAACAGCUCUGAGCAUCUCCUUUACCAAAAAGUAUUUCAGCUACGUGUACAUGCAGAGCACCUUGUCAGAAGACUUGUCGGUGACUGCUUUACUUUUGACCUGAACUGCCUGCAGCCAGACAGGUACAUCCAUGUCACCUGGAAGAAAGGUGAGCAGCGAGUGGCCAAGAUGAGAGGGCAGAGAGUAGAUGUCUCUGCAAGCUACCGUAACAGAGCCCAUGCAUUCCUGAAUGGCAGCCUGACUUUGUGCCCCAUGCAAUGGGGAGACAAGGGCAAGUAUGUGGCGGAAAUAUUUGAUCAGGAUGGUGUGCACAUGCAUCAUGAAAUUAUUAACCUGGAACUGAACAAAAUGGAAACAUUUAAAGAAACCACAGAAUUUAUUGGUGGAUCCAUGUUCUUGAAUCUAACAGAGAUGAAGUUGAGACACUUCCAGGUAGUCUGGAAAAAGGAAAACACAGAAGUCGCUAGGACAAGUGGCUUUAAUUUUUGGUACCAUGAGGACUAUGUUAACAGGUCUGAGAUUGUGUCUAAUUACAGUCUCAGACUAGACAGGAUUCAGAAAAGUGACCAGGGCAUUUAUUCUAUAGAAGUGAAUGACAGAGAUGGGAGAACGGUAUAUGAAAGCACCAUUCGUGUGAAGGUUGAGCAAAACGAGACAUCCAGAAGAAAUUAUGGUCAAUUACUGUUCUAUGUUCUCAUAACAUCACAAGCAGUUGUAAUUAUUAUUAUCUUGGUUGUGCUGAUAUGGCAUUUUAAGAACAACAAACACAGGUCAGUUUGGAUAAGAGUACCCAGAGUACCAAGCUUUCGGCACAUGAGUUCAAGCCUAACAGAUGAGAGAGAUAAUCCUGAGAAACCUGAAGAAACGGAUGAAAACAGUCUUUGUUUACAAAAUGAUGAAAACUCUAGUGUGCAGGGACCAGAUGGUACAAGCUGCACUGAGCAAAGAAGUGAAGGUUUGCUGAGCAGCAACAAAGAGGCUAACCCAGUAAUAGCUGAAAGCUCCUACACUGAGCAGGCUACAUAUUUUCUUGUGUCCACAUUUCAAACUGGAAAAAGGCUCGAAUUGCCACACCUCAAUGGUAUGAAAGCUGGAAAGCCUCCUGCUUCAGUUAGUGAGGUGUGUGUUGCUCCACACUUUGAGAACAUCCCUCCAGGAUCUGAGGACUGUGUUCUUCCAGAAUUUGAUUACCCCCUUCCCUCAGUGUAUGAUGGCUGCCUUUCUCCAGAAUUUGAUCUCUGCAGUCCUCCAGGAUCUGAGGAUUUGAAGGAAGAUGACUAUGUUGCUAUGCAUGAUAUAGUUUUUGUCUCUCCAGGAGCUAGAGAGGCAUGGGAAAGGAGUGAAGACAACUUCAUUCAGUAUGCUUCUAUCAAGUAGAAUGCAAGAGGAUUCCCACAGGAUGAGUCUGGAAACUCAAUUUCCAGUUCUUCCCAUUAGAUUUGCCAGGAAAUAUGUUUGCAGCAUUGGACUGAAAUUUGGACUCUCUCUUUCUCUUUUGGCUGGUCUUGAGCCAACCUUGAAGUUCUGCUGUUAGUUUCUCAUUUGGAUAAAUCUGAUUCUUGAUUUGCUUUGUAGAUUUGGCUGGAAGCCUAAUGGGAAAUCUCUCUGUGGAUCAGUUUGUUUUCCACAGCUGGGGCCCAUCUAUUCCCUUUGUUUUGCUGAAGGUCUUCCAGGAUGACCCAUUAGGAGCCCCGUGUAAAGCAGACAGGAGAAUUAACCCUAAGAAUAGUUCAUCCCAGGCCUCUCUUGUUUGCUUCCACUAGGAGGUGUCAUCGUAGGAAAGAGAAGGGCCUCAGGGAUUUCUGGAGGCCAGGUCUGGGCCCUGACCUCCCGUCCUUGUCUCCUGUUGUGUGGAAGAUGCACCUGAGUGAAUUGGUAGAUAUAAGCAUAAAUUUUCCUCUGCUGUUUGCUUAGAAGAAUGUGCCACUUAGGUGGAAGUCAGUCAAAAGUAUAUUACGAGAAGGGAAUUGCACUGAAGAACAUGCAGCAAGUUUUACUUGGGGAACUGUUGUUUUAGAAGAAAAAAGGAAAAGUAAAGGAAAGAAAUGAGAGCAUUGCUAGCAAAUGGGUUUAGCCAUAAAUGUAAUUGCCUUUAAAGAACAGCCUUGGUAAUUAGAUACAUUUUCUGCAAUGCCUGUAUUAAACUUAGUGAUCUUAAAUGGUGUGUAAUUGUUUUCAUAGAUUGCUUUUAAAUCUUACAGAUUGCUUCUUUUAGGUUUGAUGAACUAACUUUUUUUACAGAAUGUUGAAUAAAAGUAUUUUUUCUUAUUACUGAAAA